AUGCUAUUUUCUCUGCUGAGUUUGUGCUCUUUAGCUUUUGCCCUACCGGCAACUAUCACUCCUACUGUGGAGGAGAAACUAUACAAACCAACUAGUUUGGGCUCUGUGGAUUUAGGUAACCUCCAAAGGAGGAAUGCCUUCGGCGGCGUUGAAGACACUGUCGGAGACCUGGAGCGUAGAGAAAUUCUAAUUAAUGGUAUUCCAGCUAACCAAACUAACGGUACUUUUGAUUUAUCGACAACAAAUAUCACAAUCGGAAGUGGUACUCCUGCUAAUUUAACGGGUAAUUCAAAUGGUUCUAUUACUAUUUUCAAACACAAGAGAGAGAUCUUAAUCAAUGGUAUUCCAGUUAACCAAACUAACGGUACUUUUGACCUAUCGAAAACAAAUAUCACAAUCGGAAGUGGCACUCCUGCCAACUUAACAGGUAAUUCCAAUGGUUCUAUUACUUUCUUCAAGAGAGAAGAAGGUAUUCGUGUCGGUGGUAACGCUACUGGUAACAAGACUGUUUACUUCAACAACGGUAACUUGACCAUUCCUACGGGCAGCACUAUUAACAUAACCGGUAACGGCAAUGGCUCUAUUACAAUUUCCAAGAGAGCUGCUAACUUACUAUUGAGUGGUAAGCCUGGUAAUGAGACUACUGGUCCAAUCUCUCCAGACAGAGCCAACAUCACUCUAGGUGGUUACGGUCCUCUAAACAUUACUGGUCAUGCUAACGGUUCUGUCACUUUCUUCAAGCGUGAAGACACCUCUGGUAACACUUCAAACAGCUCUGUUUACUUGUACAAGGGUAAUGUGACUGCUGACAAGGGUAACCGUUUCAACUUGACUGGUCAUAGCAAUGGUUCUAUUACUAUCGGUAGGGGUCCAGGUAUCACAGUUGGUGGUAACGCUACUGGUAACAAGACUGUCUACUUCAACAACGGUAACUUGACUAUUCCAGAAGGUAGCUCUAUCAACAUUACCGGUAACUCUAACGGUUCUAUCACCAUUUCCAAGAGAGCUGCUAACUUACUAUUGAGUGGUAAACCCGGUAACGAGACUACUGGUCCAAUCUCCCCAGACAGAGCCAACAUCACUCUGGGUGGUUAUGGUCCUCUAAACAUUACUGGUCAUGCUAACGGCUCAGUCACCUUCUUCAAGCGUGAAGAUACCUCUGGUAACACUUCAAACAGCUCUGUUUACCUGUACAAGGGUAAUGUGACUGCUGACAAGGGUAACCGUUUCAACUUGACUGGUCACAGUAAUGGUUCUAUUACUAUCGGUAGAGGUCCAGGUAUCACAGUUGGUGGUAACGCUACUGGUAACAAGACUGUUUACUUCAACAACGGUAACUUGACUAUUCCAGAAGGUAGCUCUAUCAACAUUACCGGUAACUCUAACGGUUCUAUCACCAUUUCCAAGAGAGCUGCUAACUUACUAUUGAGUGGUAAGCCUGGUAAUGAGACUACUGGUCCAAUCUCUCCAGACAGAGCCAACAUCACUUUGGGUGGUUACGGUCCUCUAAACAUUACUGGUCAUGCUAACGGUUCUGUCACCUUCUUCAAGCGUGCAAACACUUCUGGUAACACUUCAAACAGCUCCGUGUACUUGCACAAGGGUAACGUCACAGUUGAUCAAGGCACUCCAUUCAACUUGACCGGUCAUGCUAAUGGUUCUAUUACUAUCUCUAGGGCUUUCAGGAGAGAGAUUUUAAUCAAUGGUAUUCCAGCUAACCAAACUAAUGGUACCAUCGAUUUGACGAAGGCAAAUAUCACCAUCGGUAGUGGUUCUCUGGCUAAUUUAACCGGUAAUGCCAAUGGUUCUAUUACGAUCUCCAAGAGGGAUUUAGAAAACAGACCUCGUACAGUUCUACAACCCGUCCAUUAG